GCCCGGGUCAGAUCUCAGCAGGACAGCUGAGUGUAGGUCAGUAGGCCGCCUCCGUUCGUCUAUGGAGAGCGAGCACGCAGUUUGAUUAUUGCCUCUAAACCUCAUAUGUUUACUGACACUUUAACGCACUUGUCUUUAUUUUGUGGAAGGCAUUUGGAUGUUUUACAUUUGCACAAUCGAUAUAUUGUUCGUAGGGGAGCCUGGCCUCGGUGUUGUUGGAACAAGAUGGUAAAAAAUUGGGGUGUCGUCGGAGGGAUCGCGGCUGCAAUUGCAGCUGGAGUAUACGUGCUGUGGGGCCCAAUUACUGAGAAGAAAAAGAGGAACAGAGCAGCACUUCCUUGUCAGCUGAUUAGGAGAUUAAAUUGGCUUUGGAAAGUUGGCUGGCUUCUUCCCCACAUAAACAAUUUCCCUGACUGUUUUAAACAAGGAAAAUGGUAUGGUCCCAGGUCUGUUGAACCUAGGCAACACCUGCUUCUUGAACUCUUUGCUUCAGGGUUUGGCAGCAUGUCCGUCUUUCAUCAGAUGGCUGGAGAAGUUUUCAGGUCUGCCCUCGAUCCAGUCAUGCAAAGACAACCAGCUGUCCUCCACCCUGCUGCAACUGCUCAAAGCUCUGUCCAGUGAGGAGCCUGGAGACGAGCAUGUUCUAGAUGCUGGAUGCCUUCUGGAUGUUCUCAGACUGUACCGCUGGCACAUCAGCUCAUUUGAGGAGCAGGAUGCACAUGAACUUUUUCAUGUCCUCACAUCUUCACUAGAGGAGGAGCGAAAUCGGCAACCCAAAGUCACACAUUUGUUUGACAUUCAGUCCCUUGAGUCUCCUCCUGAAGACGAUGACAAGGCUGUGGCCUGCAUAAGUCGAGCUCCUCUUCAUCCGAUCCCGGGUCCCUGGAAGUUCCAGCAUCCUUUUCACGGUCGUCUAACGAGCAACAUGUGGUGCAAGCGCUGUGAAAUCCAAAGUCCAGUGCGAUAUGACUCAUUUGAGAGCCUCUCUCUGUCGAUCCCUCUUCCUCAGUGGGGUCGACCUCUCUCUCUAGAUCAGUGUCUGCAGCAUUUUAUUUCAUCAGAAACAAUCAAAGAGGUGGAGUGUGAAAACUGCACAAAGCUUCAACAAGGAACGACAAGGAACGGGCAAGUUUUAGAAAGCCAGAGGACAGCAUUUGUUAAACAGCUGAAACUUGGAAAGCUCCCUCAGUGCCUCUGUAUCCAUCUACAAAGACUGACGUGGUCCAGCGAAGGAACCCCCAUCAAAAGACAGGAGCACGUCCAGUUUACAGAAUAUCUAUCGAUGGAUUGCUACAAACACAACAGCUCCACACAGAGGAGUCAGUGGCUCACAUCUGCUCCCAAAGCCAUAAAGACAGAAUGUUUGGAUGAUUCCACAGAACGGCUGAAAGCUAAUGGGACCGAUGCAGAACAUCAUAACAACAACAAACCUUUUUCUAAUGGAACCGGUUCGUCUGUAUUUCUUCUCUCUUGUGGUUUGAACCCACAGCUCGGCCUCACAUAUGACUUCAGGUCCACAGAGUAUUUAUUCCAGCUUACCGCGGUGUUGGUUCACCAUGGCGACAUGCACUCAGGACAUUUCGUCACCUACCGCCGCAGCCCUCCUUCGCACUGCAGCGCCUCACCCUUCAGCUGUCAGUGGCUUUGGGUGUCAGACGACUCUGUGCGGAAAGCCAGCCUGCAGGAGGUGCUGUCUUCCAGCGCAUACAUGCUCUUCUACGAGAGAGUGCGAAAUUCAACCCCCAGCCAGCGAUCGGACGAGUAGUUGGGACCUCACAGCCUGAUCGAGCUCUGCCUUUUGCAGUAACUACAUGGUUACCAACGGCUAGCUUUUUGACUGUAGUUUUGCACCGAUUGUCACAGCGUUGGCGUAAUGGACACCUCCUGCUGCUCAGAUGCUCACAGAAGGAAGCUGGUAAUCCCAAAGAUAAAGACCCUGCAGGAUUUCUCUCAAGUAUCAUUGGUCAUAUAAGCUAAUUUUCUUUACCACAUUGAAUUGUUUCCUGUAACGGACAAAAGGAACUGGAAUACCUGACAGAGCCCUGUGAUUACACUGUUGAGAGGAGUUUUUAAAAUUAUUUUUGUUGGCUUUGUAAUCAUGUAGUGGUGUGUAUAUAUGAAUGAAAUAUGACUUCAGAUGUUCCCAUUAAUGUGCCCAAAUUUCCUAAAAUUACAGAUACAAAAUAAGUUAAAGAGAUGUUACUUAAGAGCUGUUACACAUUAGAAAACACCAGUUUAAAAAGUCUCAGCUCCACCUCUGUUGUUUAAUUACCAUAAUCAUUCCCAACAGUGGCUGAAAGCUGUUUUCCACUGAAAGGUUCAGCUAAUGUACUGCCAUUAUAAAUCAUCCAUAUGCUCUAGAUUGUAGACCUGCAUGGUUGAAGAUAAAGUGCCAUGUUGUUUUUAAAGUUCAGAAACUAUUAGGACUAUCCUAUGGGAGAUCUUACCUGAAAGUAUGAUGCAAACAAACCAUGGUGUCCAGGUUCUACAGAUUCUUUGUUGGCUCCCUUAACAAAACAUGAUCCUGUGCAGAGGCUUCUAGGUAAUGUUUUUAAAUUCUCAGCAGUAGAUUACUGCAGUUUCCUACCAAACCAAUAAAGUUUAAAUGCAAAAGUG